UUAAAUCAAGUCUUCGCUCUACCCUGCUUGCCUGUCGAAUGACUAAACCUACAAAUCUGUGCACGAGGAAAUCUUGAUUUCCGCACCAUUGGACAUAUAUCACCUUCAAAAACCUGUAUAACCAGUUUAUUCAUUCACACAACGAUAAUAAAUACAUUUAUACGUUGACAUGAGUCUCACAGUCUUUAGCUUCACCAAUGGACUAUAAUGAUUUUGGAUACAUAGCGGUUAUAAAUUGUCCUUCCGAAGUUAAACAAGCUCCUACGCAUUUAUCAGAGGCAUCAGUAUACGGAAUAUAACCUUUGUUUGGGUCCGGAUAGGAAAGAGUCGAAUGGAGAACCGCAUGACUUUUCUUCUUUAAAAUGGAGAAACGCACUGCUGAUAAGUGUUCUUUAAAAAUGGAAGAGAGGUCAAAUAUGUGCAGGAAGGAUGAAGUAUAACUUGCAUUAACAUAAUAUGCCAUUCCUUAUCAGAUACUCAAUUUAAAUUGAAACUGUCGCAAUAAUUGAAGGAAGAGUAUUGUUCAACGUUGUAAUUAAUUUAACUCAACGUUUUUGUUUCUGUUAAAUUCAAUAAUCUUUGCUUAUAAGCAACGUUAAACUAUAAGUUAUGUUAACAUUUUCGCCGUUAUUUGUUUGUAUGAAUCGCUUACGUUGCUGAUAAAGUUUGACUUGUAAUAAUGGCAAUAACUUUGGAUGCGUAGCGUAUUUAUAUAUAUAUAUGUUAAUAAACAUACAUGCCUUUGCAUUUUAAAAGCAUGAUUUCACAAUAUAAAUUUUACUUAAAUACAUAUAUUUCAUUUUUUUUUUGCAUUGAUAUCUAAGUUCUAUCCAGCUAAGUGUUUGUGUAGUUGUUCCAUAUGUGUUCGCCUUCCUUUUUGUUGAAAAUGCGACAGAGAAUAUUGUGUGUUGUCCUGUUCUUGAUAUAAUUGCAAAUAGUAAUUUUGAUGGUUUUGUUUCCACUUCAAAAAAUACAACACAAUCAAUUGUUUCUACAAUCAUCGACAUUACGUCAUCACGUUAAUUAUGGCAAGAAUACAACCGGAAGUUCCGCAGCACCAGUCGAGGACUCCAAUUCAAGGCCCAUGUAUUUCAAAAGCAAAUGCUCGACAGACAUUACACUUAACAAAGAUAUGCUCAGCCAAGCAACCUGGAUUCCCGUUGACACCAGCAAUUCUACGUUCGUGUUUUCUGCUUACUACGAACACGCAGCCAAGCAUGUGGUACUCGUGGGGCUCAAAUCAAGUGAAGUUGUAGGUACAUGCCAACUGUGGUUCGCGCAUGGAAACGGGACGUUCGAAAGAAUGGAAGAGAGGGCUUUAGAACUGUAUCAAGAUCUUACACCAUACAAUGGACAAAGAUAUGUUUCGUAUCUUUUCCGAUGUUCUUCGCCGAAUGGACAGCCAGCGUAUGCGUCAGUCGUCCAAACGAGCUGCCAACAACCGUCUAAACUGAUUGUUGUAAAAGUGUCCGAAACACCAAAGUCGUACAAACGAAAGUUUACGGUAUGCCUGAUGCCGUUGUUUGGAAAUUUCAGCGACGCUCAUUCGCUUGUGGAAUGGGUUGAACUUAAUCUCUUAUUAGGGGCAGAGAAGUUUUUUGUGUACGAUAAUUCAUCAGCUGAAAACAUACGUUGUGUUUUAAAAAUGUACGCGGAGCGAAACAUAGUCGAAAUUGUGCAAUGGCCAAUACCAGUUAAAGAUGUUCACUAUGUAGGACAAAUCGCGCAGCUUCAGGAUUGUUUGUUUCGCAAUAAACCAGAAUCUGAAUUUAUCGUUAAUGUGGAUAUGGAUGAGUUUAUAAUUCCCAGGAAGGACAACGUACGUACGUGGUCGGAUUUCGUAGCGAAUUCGAGUUCUGGAGCAUUUAUUUUUCGUAAUACAUUCUUUCUUAAGGAAACUUAUGACGAGAACAGUUCAAGCAAUGCAUUGGCGAAACAAUUUAAGCUAUAUUCGUUGCUGUUAUCGAAACAUGAACCAAAAGUCUGGGUGCAUGGGCAGCGCUCAAAAUAUAUUGCUAGAACAUCGAUGGUAACAUGGCUUAGGGUGCAUGACGUCCUACAAUCGAGUUCGCAAAUAGACUUGGUUUCUGAAGACCAGGCGAUGUUGUUUCACUACCGGUACUGGGAAAACAAGAAUGUUAAUACUGACAACUUUGUGACCGAUGACACAGUGAUACGAAAAUACGGAGAAACUUUAGUCGCUAACGUGAAACGGACUUGGACUGAAAUUGAAGCGCAUCGUUUGAAACAUUGCGAACCUUCUUCUAAAAACACAUCAUAAUCAAACAGGAGAUACAUUUAGUACAAAUCAAAUUUUACGUUAAAUGUGUAUUGAGAUUAAAAUAAUACCAGAUGAAUCAUAA